CGCUUGUACUGCGCCCUGCACUAGGUGUCAGUAUGUGCUUUUUCGUCCUUUUAUGGAAAGUAUCUUCAACCUAGAAGAGAACCAGGAAGUAACUCCGUCGUUUGUUUAGAUUAUUAGCUAGAACGCGCUUGGCAACUUCGUGAGUUACGUUUUUGCUUGCUUUAGAAAGUGAAAGGUGUAGCUAGAUAGGGUCUUUCAAAAUAGCAUCAUAACAUGAAUAAAACAAAGAGGGGAAUCAUGAGCUCAUUGCUUGUUGUUGUGGCUGUAACCUAUGUCCUCGUUAGCCGAGCAGAAUGUCACACUAGUACAACGCCAACGCCAUUGAAGUCUUGCAAAGCCUUCUCAACAUGUGACUCAUGCACUCAAAACCCAAAGUGCCUGUGGUGCAUGACCAACGACACGUGCACAGACUACCCAGUGAGCUACAUUCUGCCUCCGCCUGCAGUGUGUAAACUGUCACAGGCACGAUGGGGAGUGUGUUGGGUGAACUUCGAGGCUCUGAUCAUUGCCAUGGCAGUGUUAGGCGGGACCAUCAUCAUCAGCAUUGCAGUCUGUUGCUGCUGCUGCUGCUGUUGCUGCAAGAAACGUCAAUCAGGGCCAGACAGAGAUGAGGAGAGGUUUGCCAGGAAGAGAGAGGAGAUCAGACAGCGUGCUGAUGAACGGAAGGUGGAGAGGAAGGUGAGGCACGAUGACAUCCGCAAGAAGUAUGGUCUUGUCCCUGACUCUGACCACCCAUACAGCAAGUUUGAAAAUGAGUAAACCAGAAACCUGUGUGAGAGAGAAGAUGAUGGCUCUGCUCUGCUCCAUCCUCUUUGGGCUGACUAGCAUCCUGUCCUGCUGACUGUUUUAGCUUAGAGAGCAGACACACACACCUAUAUAUCAAGACCGGUCUAUUCAUCUAAAUCAAAACCUUUGCCUAUAAUUAUUAAAUGCAGUUUUUAUUCAUUCAUUUUAGGUUCUGAUUGAAAAUUAUUUGCAGUUUGAGAACGUUAUGUUUUUCACACGAUUAAGAAGUUUGAAGAAGUCUGUAAUAUUUAGUUUGCUGUUGGAGACGCGGAGCUUAACUUUCUGCACAUUGUCUGUGUAUUUUUGUGAAAUCUGAUUUCAAGAGCCUUUGUUUUAAAUUACUGUAAUAUCUGUGAGUACGUUUUCGCUUUGUAUAUAUUUCAUAAACCAAGAUCAUAAUUAUGCUCAAUCUGAUAUAUUUCCUAAUACAUUUUUUAUUUUAAAGUCAAAUGUUUAACAUUUUAACGACUUAACAAGUCUAAGAUCACCAUGCGCAAUGCCAAGCGUCGUCUGGAGUGGUGUAAAGCUCACCGCCGUUGGACUCUAAAGCAGUGGAAACUCCUUGUCUGGAGUGAUGAAUCACUCUUCACCAUCUGAUAGUCCUGAAGGAUGAAUCUGGGUUUGGGGGAUGCCAGGCGAACGCUACCUACCUGAAUGCUUAGUGACAACUGUAAAGUUUGGUGUAGGAGGAAUAAUGAUCUGGGCCAUUUUUCAUUGUUCGGCCUAGGCCCUUUAGUUUCAGUGAAGGGAAAUCUUAAUGCUGCAGCAUACAAUGACAUUCUAGACGUUUCUGUGCUUCCAACUUUGUGGCAACAGUUUGGGGAAGGCCCUUUCCUGUUUCAGCAUGACAAUACCCCGUGCACAAAGCGAGGUCCAUACAGAAAUGGUUCAUCAAGAUUGGUGUGGAAGAAGAACUUGAUUGGCUUGCACAGAGUUCUGACAUCAACCCCAUCGAACACCUUUGGGAUGAAUUGGAAUGCCGACUGCGAGCCAGGCCUAAUAUCCCAACAUCAGUGCCCGACUUCACAAAUGCUCUUGUGGCUGAAGGGAAGCAAAUCCCAGCAGAAAUGUUCCAACAUCUAGUGGAAUGUCUUCCCAGAGGAAUGGAGGCUGUUAUAGCAGCAAAUGGGGGACCAACGCCAUAUUAAUGCCCAUGAUUUUGGAAUUAGAUGUUUGACACGCAGGUGUCCACAUACUUUUGGUCAUGAAGUGAACCUCAGCCUCUCCACCCCUUCUUAUUCAUAACCACACCUCAAUCUACCAGAUGUCUGGAUGAGGUUGCCAGUCCUUAUAAUGACAAAUGUACUGCUCUGUAUGGACAUUCAACAUCUUAAUGGCAGCGCCACUAAGGAAAGUUUGGUCAUUAAAGGGAUACUUUGGAAUUUAGGCAAUGAUGCCCUACAUCUACUUCCGCUGAGUCAGAUGAGCUCGUAGAUAGCAUUUUUAUGUCUGUGUCCGGUAUGAAGGAAGUUGGAGGUAUUUUCACAAGUAUGCUAGGAGAUAGUCAUUGCGCUAAUGCUACACUGAAGAAAAAAAAAAUGUAACGUGAAGUGUUGGUCCCAUGUUUCAUGAGCUGAAAUAAAAGAUCGCAGAAAUGUUCCA